AGAGAGAAUUUCGGAGUCGGUGGAGAGGUGCACAAAAUGACUACGCAUCGAGCAGGAUACCGUUUCGUUUAUUACAGUUAAAUAAACGGAGGAUUUUGCGAUACAAAUCCCGUCGCGUACAGUGUGCUCCUUAUAAAUGAAAAAUAACGACUAAAUCGCUCAUGAGUCCUCAGAUCGGUGCGCGCGCAGUGGGCCUUUAAUUAAAAAAAAAACAAUCGGCAUCGAAAUAUCAAUUAAAUGACAGUUCAGUAAAAGCAAUCUGUCAAAUAUCAAUUACAAUAUCACAUCUGCAAGAUGUCGUAGAUCUAAAAUUGAUCAGGAAUCAAUCAAAUGCAAUGGAUGGCGUUCGUUUUCUUAUACAAUUAGUAUCCCACGAUAAGAGUCCACCGGAUGAAUCGAACAAGAAGAAAAAAUCAGAUUCAGGAAAAAAUGAUAAAUCUCAAGAUUCAGGAAAGAAGGAAUCGCCAAAGUCAACAGAGAGAAUUAACGUGGACAAACCUUUGUGGAGUCAGGAUAAUUAUUUAGGAAGAUGGAGACACUUCGCAUUCAUCACAGACUUUAGGACGAUCUUCGUGUCCGAGGAGAAGCUCAAGGCUGCCAAGAAACUCUGCGAGGAUUACAAAGCAAAGAAGGAAGCUAAAGAUACAACCAGGGAUGAGAUCAUUUACGCUAAGAAAUUGCGUGACAGUUCCUUUCAUCCGGACAAUGGUGAACUCAUGAACGUUCUGGGAAGAAUGUCUUCUCAGUUUCCUGCUAAUGUAUUCAUCACAACAGGAAUGCUCGCUUUUUACAAGAGCGCAGCUGCUGUGAUCGGUUGGCAAUUUCUUAAUCAAAGUUUUAACGCCCUGGUCAAUUAUACGAAUAGAAAUGCACAGAUAGACCAAGAAGAUGAUGUGCGUGUUAUUAAAGAGGCCUUUAUAUUUGCAGCUGUAUCAAGUUGUGCAACUGCACUAAUAUCUCGCAGGAUUUUAUCUCGUAGAGGACCUGUUGUUUCCAGGUGGGCGCCAUUCCUGGCUGUGGUUGUCGGUAACAUGGUAAACCUACCAAUUAUGCGGCAACGAGAGAUAAUUAGAGGAAUACCAAUUAGUCCAAAGGAUCAGGAGAGCAUGGCAAUUAUGAACUCAAAGAUUGCUUCGAUCAAAGCCAUUUCCGAAUGCGUUAUAUGUAGAAUUGUUAUGGCUGCACCAGGAAUGAUUCUGAUACCGGUUAUAAUGAAUCGCAUUAAGCCAUAUUGUUUCUAUCAACUACGUCCCUGGAUCAGGUUUCCUGUUGAAAUCUCACUCUGUGGCGCAUUGCAACUUACUCCUUAUGAUUCCAUCGGCUUUGGCAAUCUAUCCGCAAAGGAAGUAUGUUUUUUGUGUAUUUUAAAAUUUUACGGAUCUCUAAAUUGCAGUGCGUUCUUGCAGUUCUAUGAAAACAAGCUUCUUGAAGAUUAAUGCGAACGAGUACGAGGAAUUUCAGAAAAAUUAUAAAGGAAAAUCUGAACUUGACAGAGUCUGCUAUAAUAAAGGACUCUAAAGACGUAAUCAUUGUAACGUUUUUUUAAUGUGU